AUGGAUAAUGAUAAUAUAGAAACUAGAGUACUUUCAAUACAAUCGUGGGUCUGUCAUGGUUAUGUUGGAAACAAGUGUGCUGUUAUGGCAUUGCAGCAUCUCGGUAUCGAUGUUGAUCCAAUAAAUACUGUACAACUAUCGAACAAUACUGCUUAUACAUCGUUCAAAGGUGAAUCACUGUCUGCUGCUAAACUCUUGGAGAUAUUCGAAACAUUACAACACAACAAGCUUGCAAACUACACUCAUCUACUAACUGGUUACAACAACAAUGCUGAAACUCUACGAACUGUACUAUCAAUAGUUAAGAAACUUAAAGAAUCAAAUCCAAAUUUAAUAUAUGUAUGUGAUCCCGUUUUAGGUGAUAAUAAUGCUCUAUAUGUUCCAGAGAAUUUGGUUGCUGUCUAUAGAGAUGAAGUAAUUAUACAUGCAGACUAUUUAUUCCCUAAUCAAACAGAAGCAGAAUAUCUUACAGGAAUCAAGAUAUCUAGUCAAGACGAUGCCAUUCGUGCUAUCGAUAGUUUACACGACAAGGGUAUCGCCAAUGUAAUUAUAACUAGCUGUACGAUCGAUAAUAACGAUGAGGAUAUUGUUGUCAUUGGCAGUCGUAAAGGUGAAAGAAAAUUCCGUUUGUCUGUUAAGAAAUUCGAUGGAUACUACAGUGGAACAGGUGAUACAUUCAGUGCAUUGCUUCUUGGAUAUUGUGUAGAGCAACAACAGAUCAGUGGAGCCAGCAAGACUCAAAUUAGUUUGGCAUCUGCUUGUGAACAGGCAGUGACCACUCUCUACAACAUUAUCAAACUGACCCACAACGCAAAACAACUGAUUCCAUCCUCAAAAUUGGGUGAAUACCACGAAUUGAAAUUAAUCCAAUCACGACACUUCAUUGGAAAUAAACAAGUACAAUUCCCAAGUACAUAUAUUUAA